AUGGCUCUGCCACCCUUCUUCACCCCAGGUCGCCCGGGCCCGCCGUCCCCGCAGCCGCCGGCUCCCGCUCCCUUCGGCUGUCCGCCACCGCCGCUACCCUCUCCGGCUUUCCCACCGCCUCUUCCCCAGCGGCCCGGCCCCUUUCCGGGGGCCUCCGCCCCCUUCCUCCAGCCCCCGCUGGCUCUGCAGCCCCGGGCCCCCGGGGAAGCCUCCCGCGGGGGCGGCGGCGGCGGCUCCUUCUACCAGGUGCCGCCACCGCCGCUGCCUCCCCCGCCGCCCCAGUGCCGGCCCUUCCUAGGGAACGACGCCGGUGAGCGCCCGCGGCCGCCGCCUCCAGGCCCGGGACCGCCUUGGAGCCCGCGCUCGCCUGAAGCACCGCCGCCGUCCGAAGUGCUCGGGGACGCGGCCCUGCAGCGCCUGCGCGACCGGCAGUGGCUAGACGCGGUGUUCGGAAGCCCGCGGGGGGCCGGCUGCCCGGUGCCCCCGCGCGCGCCUGCCGGUCCCAGCCUGGGCGAGGUGCGGGCCCGGUUGCGCGGAUCCCUGCGCCUGGUGCGGCGGCUGCGCGACCUGGGCCAUGCGCUGCGCGAGGCCGAGGCUGACGGCGUGGCCUGGGCACAGCUGCAUGCGGAGGCACAGCCGCUGCGCGCCGAGCUGGCCGAGCGACUUCAGCUCCUGACCCAGGCAGCCUAUGAGGGCGAGGCGCGGCGCAGGCUGGAGAGGGUCUGGCGCCGCCGGCUGCGGCUUCGCGAGAGGGCCCGGGAGCGCGAGGCCGAGCUGGAGGCGGAGGCCACGCGGGCAGCGGAGCCCGAGCAGGAGAUUGAUCGCUGAAGGGUCAAGUGCGUGCAGGAGGUGAAGGAGAAGAAGCGGGAGCAGGAACUUAAAGCUGCUGCUGAUGGUGUCCCGUCUGAAGAGAAAAAACAAGCAGACACCAAAAGAAUGGUGGACAUUCUUCGGGCCUUGGAGAAAUUGAGGAAACUUAGGAAAGAGGCUGCAGCAAGGAAAGGGGUCUGUCCUCCGGCCUCAGCAGAUGAGACCUUUGAGCAUCACCUUCAGCGACUGAGAAAACUCAUUAAAAAACGCUCUGAAUUAUAUGAAGCUGAAGAGAGAUCCCUCAGAGUUAUGUUGGAAGGAGAACAAGAGGAAGAGAGGAAAAGAGAAUUAGAGAAGAAACAGAGGAAAGAAAAGAAAUUUUUACUACAGAAGCUUGAAAUUGAGUCCAAGUUAUUUGGGGAUCCAGAUGAGUUCCCACUUGCUCACCUCUUGCAGCCUUUCCGGCAGUAUUACCUCCAAGCUGAGCACUCCCUGCCAGCGCUCAUCCAGAUAAGGCAUGAUUGGGAUCAGUACCUGGUGCCAUCUGAUCAUCCCAAAGGCAACUCCGUUCCCCAAGGAUGGGUUCUUCCCCCGCUCCCCAGCAACGACAUCUGGGCAACCGCCAUUAAGCUGCAUUAGUAAAGAUGCUCCAGGAGUGUCGUCCAGCCAAGGCUCUUUCCAGCUCUAAGUAUUAGUGACGCUGCCAUCUUGUACUGUAGU